GUCGAUCUUGUUGGUCRAACAGCCACUGGUGUCACAAAUUCACCAUAUGCCAGUUUACAUCCAUGUGGAUCGCGGUGUGAAUGCAGAUGUUGAUAUCGACCAGGUGAUUCGUGCAUUCAGGCUUUACGAAACAAAUACCAUCAUUUGCUGUACCUCCUUGGUUUUGCACUUGAGACCCGGCAUUCAAUAUCGACAAACGGAAGCAUUCGAAUGUGAGUGAGCAGCGCAGCAGCAAUAGCAAUAGCAAUAGCAAUAGCAAUAGCAAUAGCAAUAGCAAUAGCAACGGCAACAUAAUAUCUUUCUUCUAUGGUGUGAAGUUUCGACAAUCAAUUUCCGCUCCUCGAUUACGCGCACCGUUGAAUCACCGAAUAUCUUGGCACGUUUUCCGGAAUAUUUUGCCGCGAAACGAGAUAAGAAUAAGAACGGAAGGCCAAACACUGCACAUUGCUUGUCCCAAGAGAGAACGAAUUUCUGCCGCUAUGGUUCCCCAGAAUACGAAGGGAGAUGGUGCCGUCGAUGAGGACGUUGCCAUCGAAAUUUCCCUGAAGGAAAGAGGACUCUUGGAUGCUUCCCACAAUGAGAUAGCCGGAAGCGAAAGCAGCAUCGACGAGACGGUGGUCGUCCCCSUCAUCGAUAUGUCCAAGGGGACCCGGGAAGAAGUCAUUGCCCAGCUGUGGGACGCCGCCACGGGUGUUGGAUUCUUUUCCCUUGUGGGCCACGGAAUUCCGGGGGAGCUGAUCGACGAGGCCUUUUCCAACAGCGAGGAAUUCUUUGGGCUGYCGCUCRACGAGAAGCGGAAGCAAUCCCCCCUCGACAUGUCGAUCAACUGCGGAUUCGAGCACUGCGCACAGGUUCGCCCCUCUACCGGCCUGGCCGACCAAAAGGAAUCCRUCCAGAUAACGGCGCGAAGGGGUGCAAUGGAUGGCCGCUGGCCGAGGCUGGGGGGAAGCGAACGGCGUUUCGAAGACACCGCCCGCCGGCUCCUCGAAGAAGCCAACCGAUUGGCCGGGGAACUCCUCGAUAUGCUCCAGCCCAUGGCGUGCCCGCAGAUCGAUGCCAGUGACCCCCACGCACUGAGCGGUUCCCACACCUUGUGGGGUCCCGAGGGGCAAUGCACCCUCCGGUUUUUGCACUACCCGCCCCAGUCUCCCGAGACAACAAAGGCACUCGCAAGGGACGGAUAUUGGCGUGCCGGUCCCCACACCGGUAAGAAUUGUUGAUUGYACGGCAUCGAAGGAGGGUUMUGUCUGUUUCGUUUUUGCACCCUGACUCGCACURUUUCGGAGYGYCGAGAUGGAUCGCGGUCUCUCUAUCUCGUUUGUCCUCAACCCGGAUUGAUUCUUCCUUCUCCCUGCUGUCCUCUAUCUUGGCCGCAGAUUGGUGCAACCUGACCCUGCUCUUCCAGCGCCCCGGGCCGGGGCAAUCUGGCCUGGAGUGUUGCGCAAAUCCCCGAGCCACGACGGGCGGUGCCUCCUCCUGCACCAAGCGCCUCCGGUGGACCAGGGUCGAUCCCRUCGAGGGCGCGAUCGCCGUAAACAUCGGCGACAUGCUCGCGCGCUGGUCCGAUGGACGCCUUUACAGCAACCUGCACCGGGUCCGCCUGCCCGAGGACGCCUCGCGGGCUCGGUACAGCAUCGCCUUCUUUGCCCAAUCYGACAAGUCUGUGGUGAUGGAAACGAGGUCUUCCGAGCCGAUCACGGCCGGCGAGUACAUCCUCGGGCGGAUCCGGAGCAACUUUGCCUCCACCGAAAAGUAGCUAGCAMGCAAUUGUGUUUGGCGCACGAGCCAAUCGGCUUCAACCACCCAUUAAUAAGGGCGGAGACCGGGAAUCGCUUCCGAACCGGUCCUUGGUGUGUAUAGAGUGUUUCUAUGAAGUASUCGGCAACCACCGACAACACAAAACACGGAAACAUGAAGUUGUUACAAUCCUUUUUCUUGCUCUAUUUCUCCGUCUUGCAUCAUUUUGUGCACAUCAAUCUCAUGGUUCGGUUGCACCAGUACUACCAGCUACUAGUAGUACUCUCUCAAUCCUUUGGAAGAUAGAUUUGAAUUGUCAGAUCCAGGAGACUUGUUAAUACCACUAAACGUUGCAUGUGCAUAUUACUACUAUCAUAAUAUGAUGGCGCAAAACAAUUGCUUACUAGAACUUUUUGUUGCAGUAUUAUAUCAAUAACAAUAAUUGUAGUAC